CUUCCGGUUUUUCAAAAGGCGAAUUUUCAAAGUGAGUCUGACAGUUGUAAGGAAUUUUCUGCGAUUCGUUUGGAACAUGUUUACAUUGUGUAAUAUCGAGUAAUUGAGGGAAUUACGGUGAUUUUGUGGUAAAUUACGCCGCCUGUGACGACGUUAAGUGACGUAGAAAUAGACGCUAGGUUGCACUAGUACGCAGAUUUGGGGGAAGCCUAUCAAAGCUUGUUGAAGAAAUGGCAUUCUUUUUGACACCCAAAGGCCUAUAGUGCGUUAAAUGUUGCUGAUUAUCCGCCGUUCGAGUCGUCAGUUUGUUAAUUCAUGACUUUUUGGGGAGUUUCGUCGAGAUUAAUGUGAAUUAACAACGUUACAUGUAUUGAUCAUCGUAUAGGUUAUGUUUCCAACUUUCAUUAGCAUCCUAGAUAUUCAAUCAUGGUGGGAGGUUCCAAGCAUUGCACAUUUUUGUUCAUUGUUUCGAACAGCAUUUAACCUUUUGGAUUUUGAUAUUGAGGAUUUGGAGGAAGCUCUCUUGACUGAUGGAACGGAGGAGACCUCUUGGCUCCAAGAACUUAUCGUGAGGCUUCUCAGUGGGUGCUUACCAAACAAUGAAAUCUCAACGUUCAAUUACCAGAUGUUCCUGAGACGUCUUUUUCGUCAAAAAUGUCAGGAACAUGAUCAAUACAACCCGUUUAAUACAGACAUAGAUUUUCAAUUGUUACCUUUGAGAACAAAAGUGGACAUUUUACAUGCACUCUGUGAUUUUCGUUUAGAUGCCGAUGAUGUGCUUGACCAAUUAAAAAAUUUAGAAGCAGACAGUUUAAGAGUUGAGCCUCUAGGUUAUGAUAGCAACGAAUCUGCUUAUUGGUAUUUUUAUGGUACUAGAUUGUACAGAGAAGAUUUUAAAACUAAAAAUAAUAAGAAGAAAUCUGUGUGGCAAGUUAUUUGUUUCACGGAAGACGAUUGGUUUCAACUUAACAAGAAGUUUAAGAAAUCCACUGCCAGGUGUGAAAGAGAGUUACAUCGUACUUUAAGUGAGAAUUUUUUACCUGAAUUGCCAAGGUUGUUUCGGGAAAAGGAAAGGCUGGCCAGAAAGCGAUUGCUGGAAAACCAACCGAGGCGAACUUCCCGACGUUUAAGAAAAGUAGAAAAUACAACUGAAAAAGAAGAGAUAACGAGUGAGUCUCCCAAAAACAAUCCUCUUGAAGAGGAAGAAAGGCAAAGAAGGCGCGAUUUGGAAAUAAAAAGAAAAGAAGCUUAUGAAAGAAGGAACAGACUUAAAGAACAGAGUGAAGAUAGCCAAAGUGAAGACUUUGAAGGACGGUAUGAAAUGGGCGGAACUAAAGCGCGGCAAAAGAAGUCCAAGGGAAGACAAAGAAAAUUGUCAACAAGUUCCUCUAACAGUAAAGAUGCAGCAUCUGCGCCCAAGAGCUCAAAAAGGAAGAAAACAAACGAGGAGACUUCCAAGUCCUCGACAUCUUCUACAACCACAACAGUUGGUCGGCAAACAAACAAUUCCCUGGCGGCAGCUACGGGGCAAAUUGUCAUCCAACCAGUUGCCAACACACAUAAGAAAAAACUGAAAACUUCCCAAGUGUUUCGCCAAACAGACGAAGAUCUAAUAACAGGAAUGCACAAAAUCUUAGAUUAUGUAAAAAAUCAUGAAGAUGCAUGGCCCUUUGCUGAUCCUGUUGAUGAAGAUUACGCACCUAAUUAUUACACAGUUAUUAGGAAACCAAUGGAUUUGCAAAGAAUGGAAGAAAGGUUGGAUGCAGGUUAUUACAAGAACUUUGCAAAGUUCAGAGACGAUUUCCAGUUAAUCGUUGAUAAUUGUCGACUUUACAAUGGUGUUGAAAAUGAAUAUACGGAAAUGGUCGAUAACUUAUUGAAGGUUUUUGAAAGAGCAACCGAGAAAUUUUUGGACCAAAUUUCAUCAUCCGACGACGAAAUUGCAGUCGAAUUUCCCAACUCUGAACUAGACGUAAAAGAAGCUAGAAAAAAUAAAUCAGAAUCUAAAUCGUCCAAGCGUAAACCUACUCUCGCAGCUAAAACGGAUAAAAAGAGGGAGCACUCGCUUUCUGAAGAAUCUCUGGGUAAAAGGAGUAUUUCCUACGAUUCGCUUAUCGAUGAAGAUGAAAAGAUAUUGUCCAAUAAAAAAGACAAAAAUAGUAAGAAAACAAAUAAAAUAUCUAAAAAAGAUAAAAACGACACGAAGAAAAAUGCACGAGAUAAAAAGAACUCUACUAAUAACAAACACAAGAAAGAGAAAUUUUCAAGUCCUGUGAGAAGUAGAAGUCGUAGCAGGAGUGUCAGUAGAGAUUCAAUUAGGAGAAGUUGUAGCAGUAGUCCUCCGCCUUCAAGUGUCCCUUCCAGUCCUGAUAACAGGUUCGAUUUUUUCCCAAAGAAACAUAAGUCUUUUGAAGAUAAGGACACCGAAAAUCAUUCAGGACCUAAAGGUAAGCAGAAGCAAGACGAUAUAAAUACAUGUGAUACUUCAACAAAGAAGCAAAACGACAAGGUGACCACAUCACCAUCAAAACCAAAAGAUAAACAUAAUAAGCUUCGAGAAACUAUAGAAAAAUUAAAAGCCAAAAGUGAAAUUUCGAAUAAAUUGAACGACGAUGAGUUCCGUUUCGACUUGGACACUUUUAAAGAAAACAAGGAAAAAUUCAAGAAAGACAAAGAGGACAAAACCCGAAAGAUAAAGGAUAAAGUGAGUAAACCUCAUUUGAAGAAAGAUCUCGAUUUCGAAGAUAGUAAUAGCACAAUGGAGAGUUUGCAUACUACUGAUAACAAAAAGAAGAAAACAAAUCCGAAAAAUAGUAAAAAUGCGUCGAUUGAUGCUUUGACAAUUGCUACCGAACAAACGCUGAAAGACAUCAACAAGUGGUUAGAUGACACACCAAAAUAUUCGGAAUUUAGUUCGGCGAGCAAUUCACCCUGUUAUCCUCCUUUAGAUGAUUUCGAUAUUGUUAAUAAAAUUGACAAUGAUCCUCGGAAGAAAGUUGAAAAAUUCAAUUUGAAGAAGGAGGGAAUUGGGAAAGACAUAAAGAGACGAACAUUCAGUAGAGAUCCGGUGAAAUUUCUUAAACGCCGAGAAGUGCAAAGGACCAUAGAUCGUCUACAACCUGGAAAAAGCAAAGGCAAUUUAAUAUCGAGUGUUCAGAGCUCGAAACAGACAGAUGAAUUGUUUCCUCUAGGCCCGCUAUCGAAAAAUAAAGACACAAAAAAUUCGUUGAUUGUCAAAACUGACGAUAACGCUCCUAAGCUGAGUUUAGGCUCGGUUUUGGAUAGUUUCGGUCGGCAUAAAUUUGUCGACGACACAAAACCCGAGGAAUCUGAAAAUGUGAACAAAAAAGACAAAAAGUUUUCAUUUCAGUCGAGCGUUAAUACGGAUAUUAAAGAAGAAACUCAGAUUAAACCCAAAACAGAAAUCGAAAAGAAAGAAUCUCCCGUGAGAGAAGAAUCUAGCAUGAUGAGUGGAGCGACUCCAAAUUUAAGUGCCUGGUUUAAAGCUUUCGGUGCGCCGAAAAUCCAAUCAUCGCAAAAGAAAAAUGACCCGAAAUCGGAAGUAAAAGAAAGCGAGAAAACUGACGAUUGCAAAACAGAUCCUAAAUCUAAAGAGGAAACAAAAGUUCCAGUCCCUGAACUUUCCCCUAGUAUCGACAGUCCAGUCGCUACCCAUGGCCAACCUGUGCCAAGACAAAGGAAAGUAAGUACCGGAAGUAGCAUAUCGGAACGUUCUUCGUUCAGCCAAGACAUGGAUUCCCCUAGAGUUGGAAUAGAUGAAAGACUUGGGGCCUACCCGGCCCCAUACCCAUCUCCCAUGCACCGAUCUCCUUCUGGAGCUUCCCCUGUGAUGGCUUCGCCCCGCCCGGACGUAUCUCCCAAAGCCGCCCCAUAUCCCCCGUUUAACGGACAAAUCAGAGUUGGCUUCUACCAAGAUACGGUCUCGAAUAAAAGCAGCCCCGAUAAGUCGUGUAGUCCUCGAGAUAACCCCCAAUCGCCAUACGCCCAAUGUUCUGAGCACGUUUACACUCCUAAUACAACACAAAACAUGCCUUAUACGUACCCCAACUCGCCCUAUUAUACACAUACCCCGAAUUAUAGUAACACGAAUCCCACACCUCCUUAUAAUCCGGAAAAUGUCAAUCCUCCAUCUUAUUACGAUACGAAUAAGUCACUAACGGAUCAGUAUCAAGCCAAGAAUAUACAAAAUUAUGUUAAUUCACCCAAUAAUGUGCAAUCACCGUCGCCCCAUCCUCCAAUGGAGACGUUCCGACAGGAAGAUCAGAAUCAGAAUAAAGUGAAUGAGAAGAUGGUGCAAAAUGCGAUGUUUCCGGUGAAAAAACGAGCAUAUAACGAAUCAGAAUCGGCUCAGUUGAGUCACAGGUUCGAAGAGGUCAGUCGGAAUAUGCCACCCAUGGAGAGUCAAAGUACCCAGAAUGUUGAUACAAUGCAUAUGAAUUCGCGUGAGGAAUCAAUGAAGCAUUAUAUUCAUCAGAAUAUUCCAGACCCUAAGCCAUUAACAGUUCAGACCAAUGUUUCGCCUCAGCAACAGUUGGCCUCUUCGAUUAUAAACUACUCUACACCUUCAAAUCCGUACAAUAAUUACAAUAACGAGUCCAAUUAUCCACUAAAUAUACCAUCGAGGAGUUUAGCUUCGACUCCGGGCAUUGAUAGAAAAAUUGAGAUUGCGAAAUACACCAAUAUGGGAUACACAGGUCCCGAGGUGAACUUUUCAAGGGGUAUGCAGCAGUACACUCGACCGGAGUUGACAUACGCGAGGCCCUCUUCCAAUGACCAACAACCGGUGUCGAACCAAGGACAACCGUCAGAGGUCUUGCACUACUCUAACGCUAGCCCUCAUAUGGGCUACAAAAACGUCGACAUGAACUCUACGACUUCCAACCCGCAACAAGCGCAUACCAAUUAUACAACACAACAUUCGAACACGAACCGUUUAGGGCAGCCUCUGGACGUGCAGAGUUCGUACAAGUCGAACGAAGUGUCAAUACCAAGGCCGACGUACAAUACUCACAUUGAUAUGGACCAACCUUUAGGUUUAAGAGGAAAUAUAGCGAAUUUGUCGCAUAUCGUCGAUCGGUAUAGUAAUGACGAGAGGAUGUUGACCGGAUUGCAACCAACAGCGAGUCAGUAUUACAGUGAUAAGGGAUUGGGAGGGCCUCAUAUGUUUAAUAAACCCAUCUGUACGAGCUCUUCAGGAUUGCCAAUCUUUAAUCAGCCGAAUAUGGGGAUACAGUCGUAUAAUCAGAAUAUGCAAGUACCGACUUCUUCCAUGUAUAAUAGACAGAUGACGGAACUGCAGAAUCCGAUGACUAGCGAAACAAAGAAUGCCAAUGUUGCGCAACAGGGUAAUGAGAAGAAAACGAAGAAACGGAAGAGCGCGAAAGCAGUUCAGCCUGUAUCGGCGUCAGAGUCCCCAGCGCAGCCCAACAAUCAGGGCUUCCAAUCGUACGCGGGCUUAAAGUCGAACUCUCCUAUGGAACCAAGUGCAAUAUCCCUAAAGACAGCGAGCGUCGUCCCCGGCAGCGCAUUUAACUUUGGACCAUCGCCGUCAGCCCUGGGUAUAGGUUCGGGCUUGUACGGCGACAAAGAUGCAUAUCCUAACUUCCUGGAGGAUUUCCGCGCCGCCCCCAACUACUACAUCGCGGCGGCGACGGCAGCCCACCACAGAUCCACUCCUGACGCCCCCGAUAAACAGACCCGAGUGGCGGCGCACCAGUCGUCUGCUCGGCAAGCCCCCAGUUACCCCUUUAUAGGCGCGCGUCAGGCAACGCCCCCCAGUUACCCCUUGAGCAGCCACUUCAUGCCCUCUGCGCAGGCGCCCCUUAUGGAUGCCAGCUCUCCGUUGUAUCAACACUAUCUGCAAGCGGGGGUGUUGAAUCAAGGACUUUUGGGUCCCCCAGGGCCGUAUCCGCCGGGGUACCAUCCCGCGUUAAGUAUGAGGCAACCAUACGAUUCCAUGACAAGGCCUCCCUGGCUUUAAUCGACGAUUAGUUUUUCGGGAAAGUUAUUAGUAAUUGUUUUUUAUUUGCCAAAGACAGUUUUAUUCCGUUUGUUAAAUUGUACAUUAAAUUUUAUUUUGGAAUUUCGACGAUUUUGCGAUUAUUGUUUUAUUUUCUUUUUUAUAUAACGGCGUGUGGAAAACUCUGUGAUUUACUUUACGUGUGAUCGUAAAUAUUUUUGUUAUGUCUUUUUCAUGUUUAUGGAUUCACUGUCAAUAGUUUGUCUUAACUGUUAGCAUCGGACCAUUAUUUUACCUCAUGUUUUAUAUCAUAGUAUAUCGAACUUUUGUAGUGCUUACAAAUAGUUCUGUGUUGUUUAUUUUAAAAAAUGAAAAUUGUUGUAUACUGGGUAACUCUGACCAAAAGUUGUCUUCGACUUAACAUGUUGCUAUACGGUCGGGUGUAUCCGCAAACAUUCCCAAAUUUUGUGCAAAAUAUCUACUUACAUAGAUUAAGAUUCUUAAUAGCAGAGAUAUAUGUCAAUGAAUUUAUUAUUCAAUCACAGUUUAAUUUAUGUUUAUAUAUUUAUGUAUAGAACAUAAAUACGCAACUUGUGUUAAUUUUACGUACUAUUUAUUUAGAAUAUAACAUUUACAUUGUCUAGAUGUUUGCCUUAUUCUUAAAAAUUUGUAAAUUAAAACAUCGACAAUAGAAUCUUAAAGUUAUCACUAAAUAAAUAUCAAAUUAAAACAAGUGUAUGACAUUAAAGUCAUAUAAGCUUUAAUCAGAUUUUUAUUGUACAAAAUUAUAAACAAUAUCAAAAAUAUACAUUUAAAAAUGUAAAUAUGAAAAUGUAAAUGGACUAAUACUAGUG